AUGAUUAAGCAUUUCUUCCAAGCUCCAAACCGACACACGCCAGACUCGGACGACGCAUUCCCGUACAUAGCAUUCGAUUCCGUGCCGGUUACUAUCCGAGAUAACUUCGAUGAACUGCAGGUACCACUGGACCACGUGAGCCGUGAGCCUUCUGAGAACUUUUAUACCUCAAAGGAAUAUGUGCAGGGAUACGCCCGUCAACGGGCCGAACUGCACCCGCGUAUACUAUCGCAAUCAAGAAAUGCGGGCUAUGAUAGAGGCAUGAUCAAUCGUAUGGCGGAUGAGCUGGGACACUCGGUCCACACAGUCCUGCCGACUCAUGCAACAUCGCACUUGCCUGACCUUCUACGCAGGGGACUCACACGCGCGAUUUACUCCGGCCAGGUGUUCAGGAGGGACUCGAUAGACGCUAAGCACUAUCCCGUGUUUCACCAGCUUGACGGCUUCAGGCUUUUCAGUCGGAAGGACUUGGAAAAGUUGAGGCGCAAUGCAGGCAUCGAAGGGGCCAGUUUGAGUGAUGAGCAGCUCAUAAUGUACGACUUAAAGUGCACCCUCGAAUCCCUGGUGAAGCAUAUGCUUCGUCGUGUGGUGAGCGCCGACAUGCGUCCCAUGGCAUCCGAAGCUAGGGCAAAUAGCACCGGGAAAACGGAUGCUCAUGAUGCGUCACCUUUGCAGAGUACGGAUUUUGAUAACCAAGUAGAAGCGAACAAAGCAAAUGUAGCUGUUGACACGAAACACGCGGACGAAUAUGACUUGUUGAGGUGGGAUAGCGACACCUCCUUUCCCUUCACUGAUCCAUCACUGGAACUCUACGUGAAGUUGGAAAACGAUUAUGUUGAGAUUCUAGGAUGUGGCAAACUAAAAAAUGUCAUCAUUAGAAACAUUUUGGGGAGCGACCGUAUAGCUGAAGACGUGGGACGAUCUGGUUGCGGAAGCACCGAUACCUCAGAAAUAGUCGGAGGCUGGGCCUUCGGCAUAGGCCUUGAGCGUCUAGUAAUGGCGCUAUCCCGCAUCACAGACAUACGCCAGUUCUGGGAAGAGGACGAUCGAUUUUUGCGACAGUACCGCGAUUUUCACAAGCACGGAACGAUGCCUGUGUUCAAACCCUACAGCCGCAACCCGGCCGUUAUCCGCGACAUUUCGUUUUACGUUGACGGAGGUGAUGAAAUUAAGAAGGCAUUUGAUGAGUGUGAAUUCCGCGGGAUCCUGGAGGAGCUGAGCAGGGAUUAUGUCGAGGAUGUCACACAACUAUCAGAGUACGUGCACCCCCAAACGGGGCGCAAAAGUCUAUGCUACCGCGUCACAUACCGCGCUAUGGGCGAGAACCUCACCAACGCAUUUGUGAACGAGAUCCACCAACGAGCGCUCAAUCGCAUUGUGGACGCCUUCAACAUAGAGCUUCGGUAA